GGACUGAUCAGGCCAAUAUUCUUCUUAAUCUAUUGGAGCAGUAUAGGCUUUUUUCUGGGCAGGCUAUUAAUUUGCAGAAGUCAACAAUUUUCUUCAGUAAAAAUACACCCCAGCACAUCAGAUCCUCUAUCUGUUUAGUUUUGAAUGGCAUCACAUCACACAGAUCCAUGAGAUAUCUGGGACUUCCUCUUGGCAUUGGCAGGGCUAAAAAGGAAGUUUUUGAUUAUCUCCUCACUUCA